AUGUCAAGUUUUCUCAGAAACCGGACCAUCUCCGUUCGAGUUGAUGGGGCGCAAUCAGAGCCUUUUUCCUUUCAGAUGGUGUACCAUCCGGUGGACUUCGAUAUCGAUGAUUUCCUUUCUCGAAUUCAGGGAAACAAGCCCCCAUUUAUGUGCCCGGCGGAAACUUGCGGAAAGAUUUACAAAUCAUAUGCUCAUAUGCAGAAACACAUGCUUAUUCAUCGUCCCCCUGCACCGAUUGAAAUACCGGCCCCACAAGUUGAGUGUUCUCAAAAUGGAAAUGUAUUGACAGCCAACGGUUCAUCGUCUGUACAAUCAUGUUUCAUUUUGCAAUGUACCGCGAGCAACAAAAAUUUGCAAACUCAAAAACCCAUGAAUCUAUUAACUCCAACAGAUUCAAGAUGUUCAGUGGUAUUCGAAGCCACACCAAUGACUGGUGGACAAACAUUCCGUUGCAGUAUUUUUUUCCCUCUGGUCCUCCGAAUUCAGUUAUUCUGCCGGGAUAAUGGAAAAAUCAAAAACGAACUUUCAUCUUAUUCAUUCAAAACUGAUAAAGACAGAGGGCCCGAACGCAGGGUUAACCUAAGCAAGAACAAAUCCAGACACAGUCUUCAGAAAGCACAUAACAGUGAAGAAAAACUACCGAACAAUAUUGGCCUCAUUAACUGUAGUUCUUCUAUUGACUUAGUGCAACCUGACGAGAAGAAAACAGAAUUCCAGUUACCCAAACCCGUUUUUGAAAUUGAUGCAAACUUUUCGUUCAGAAAACCGGUUCCAUUGAGGGAAGGUGUUGGUUACAUACGCUUUAUCGAAAAGUCACCUGACGAACUAGAUGAUAUUGUGGAGUACGAUCUAGACGAAGAAGACAUAUUCUGGCUGGAUCGGAUCAAUAAAGAGCGGCGCACUAAAUCCCUCUCCUCGAUAUCUGAGACGGUUCUUGAGUGGGUCAUAGAUAGGUUCGAAAAAGAGGCCAGGUUCCGUGUGGUCGCUGCAAAUGGAGCUCUGGUAACGGGCAACACAUGUGCUACUUCGGGUCUGAGCCAGUCUGGUGUUGACGAAGAUGCCGUUUGCGCGGUUUGUCAAGAUGGUACAUGUGAAAACACAAAUGUGAUUCUUUUCUGUGACGUCUGUAAUCUGGCUGUUCAUCAGGAGUGCUAUGGUGUUCCAUACGUUCCUGAAGGACCGUGGCUUUGUCGUAAGUGCCUUCACUCACCCAGCGAACCAGUAUCUUGUGUACUUUGUCCAAACCGUGGUGGAGCAUUCAAGAAGACGUCUGAUGAUCGUUGGGCCCACGUGAUCUGUGGUCUAUGGGUACCGGAAGUUAUGUUCGCAAACCUAACUUUUCUUGAACCUCUGGAAGGAAUAGACAAAAUCGCACCGGCAAGAUGGAGACUACAGUGCUUCAUAUGCAAACAGCGCAAUGCUGGCGCUUGCAUCCAGUGUCAUAAAAGUAGUUGCUAUCGAGCAUUUCACGUCACAUGUGCUCAACAUGCUGGAUUGUACAUGAAGAUCGAACACACCGAUGAUCAAAAUGAUGCAGGCAUACGAAAAAGCGCGUUCUGUGAUCACCACUGCCCUCCAAAUCAUUUCAAAAAUUCCAAUAAAGGAAUGUACGCGAACUCAGACUCUGAAAGCCCCCAGUCACCGGAACAAGCUGCCCGAAUCCAACUUCGCAAAGCCCGAAAAGUCUUGGCAGAGCGACGUAAUUCCAAGCCGUCCAUUUGUGUGCCUAUCGUGCCUCGUGCGAAAAUCGAGAACAUUGCUUCAUGUCUGCAAGACGUGUCGGGCGACGUGUUAUCUUUCCUGCAAAAAGCCUAUGUGUUUUGGAAACUGAAGAGGGAAUCUCGACGAGGGGUUCCAUUGCUCAAACGUUUGCAGGCGGGUUCAGCUCACAGAAGUGCUGCCAACUUUGCUGCCUCCGUUGACUCAGAAGCCCAACAAAUGAGAGCACAACUUAAAUUCUGGCAGCAACUACGCCAAGAUUUGGAGAAAGCGCGUCUUCUGGCUGAACUGAUUCGGAAACGAGAACGUGUAAAAAGAGAGAUGUUCCGUUUGUUUGUCGACGAAAUUCACUUGCAAAUUCAACCACUAAAAACGUUUCUUUCGCGCGUAUUGGAUCAACUGCAGAGCCUCGACAACCAGUCAUUCUUUGCGGAGCCUGUUGGUCCUGAUCUCGCCCCGGAUUAUCACUUGAUCAUCAAAUAUCCCAUGGAUUUUUCCACUAUGCGAAACAAAAUUGAGAAUUCCGUCUAUUCCGGAUUGGAUGACUUGAAAGCAGAUUUUCAGCUUAUGAUGGACAAUUGUCUUCAGUACAAUCACGAAGACAGCGCCUACUGUGUUGCAGCAAAUCAUCUCACCGAACAAAGUAUACACAUAUUCCGUGAAGCUACUUUGAUGGCUCGAAAAAUCGGUUUAUGUUUGAAAAUUGGGCUCCUGUUUCUCGAUCAGAAAGAUCUGCCUCAGUCAGGUUUCAGUGAUCUCCCCACUGCUAAUGAAACUACUCAAGUGAAAGAAAACUAUCUCAGUCCAAUAUCCAUUGAGCCAGCGCCCGCAUCUGGAGUCGAACCGGCCAUAUCGACUGAAACGCUUUUGGUCCACACUCCUUUUACUCUCAACGAGUCAGUACAAACUCUUCCUCUGAAAGAAUUGGCUAAUGGUCCGGUUGCAUCCACCACUCGCAGUCGCUUUCGAAUCUCCAGUCCCGUUCAUGAUCUCAUAAAACAAGAGGGGGAUCUGCGCACAUUCACGAGUCAUUUAAACAUGGCUGAAUAUCUUUUCCGGCAAUCUCGCAAGAGACGACUACCCUCUGUGAGUCCAGAUAAGAAGCACUCGUCUGAGAUCGGUCGACCUGCAAAACAAGAACGACUAGAUGGACCCUGUACUUCGGGAAAUCUGCUCCGUUGGCACUCGCAAGCGAAAGCAGCCGAUUUGUUCAGUCCCGGCGUUCCACUUGCGACUAUGAACCACAGCCUAGUUAUUGAUCCAACAGCUGGGACCAAGUGGUCUAGCUCGAAACCUGGCGACACGUCCUGUUGGCUUAUGGGUCGACAUCCCGAUGUCAAUUUACGUCAGCGUCACGGUGGGCAAUUUCCAGGGACAAUUGGAGUGGAGCAGUCAAUCACACCGCUGGUUUGCAAAAGCCCGGCUUUCACGCAUUAUCGUCUAAGUCGUCCUUCACGGGGUGAGGAUGACGACGAGGAGGAUGAGGAUGAGGACGAGGACGAGACCGACGAGAGUGAUGAUCUAGACCAAGUAAACCAGUUGGCUGACAAAGCGGUAAACAGUGAAACAGUUCCAUCUACUCUGUCUCCGACUGCCGAAAAACAAACAGAGUCGCCACGCCUCACACGUAAACAGUAUCGCGGUCGAAUUUCAAUGAUCUCCAACGGUCGUUCCUCCUUGGUUGUAACUACUGUGGUUGGAAACAGUCGAAUGGCCACAGCUGUUCGCCGAAGUGAUCGUUCCAGCUCCAUCCGAAAGGUGUCUGUAUUGACUCUCCGAUCGCCGGCAUCGCGUAGUCGUUCGAAUAAACAACUAAUCAAUCGCAAACAAAUGCGCUUCUUUCUACCAAAGUCAAGUCGAGAAACCGUUCGUCGUGUAUCUACUUCCUCGUCUAACAGUAUACAACCGAAUAAUUCACUUCAUCUGGAUGAUGAACUACGCAAACCACUUCAGCUUCGAGAGACGACUUGUUCAUCGCUAACUCCGGAUCUUAGUGAUGUUAUGUCCCAUAUUGAGUCCCCAGGACCACUUUCCGCAACGACCAGCGUUGAACCUUACGAAUUCUCUAAUCAUUCGGCGGAUAUGGCAUUUUCUGCUACCGGAAGCCCUGUCACUCGAGGUCGUUCUGGCGACCAGCCAUACGAACAUCAGUUUGGGUCCCUCGAUGUAGUCUGGGCUAAGUGUCGCGGUUCUCCUUGGUAUCCCGCACUGGUCGUUGACCCUAGCGCCAGUGAGGGAUAUUGUCACAAUGGUGUACCGGUUCCAGUUCCACCAGAAUCGGUUCUUAACUGGGGCAAACGGCUCAACACCAACAAGCAAGCGGAUCAGGACAGACCAGAUUUAUUGGUUCUGUUUUUUGACACGAAACGCACUUGGCAGUGGCUUUCUCAACACAAAUUACAGUUACUCGGUUGCGAUUCGGAACUGGACCGGGAACGACUAAAAGAGGGAAAACGAAGUAAACUCAAACAUUCGGUUCUCAAGGCAUAUCGUCGGGCGGUGGAACAUUUGUGCAAAGUUCACGGUAAACCAUACCCCCACAAAUCCACAAUGAACAUUUCCUAUCGAUUAUAUUGUACUAUAGACCCCCUGAAGAUUAUCUGUACAUGGAACAUUUAA